CUGGGUUUGUCUGUCAUGGGACGAAUAUUCAUUGAACAUUUGGGUGGGGAAAAGGUGUUCCAUUGUCGAAGAUGCGGAGUCCCGUUGUCAAAUGAUAGCGAGAUCGUUAGUACCCGUUUUAAUGGAUCAAGCGGUCGGGCCUACCUUUUCAAUCGUGUUGUUAACAUCUCUUACAGCGAGAUACAAGAUCGUAUCAUGCUGACAGGUCGUCAUCUGGUUCGCGAUGUGAUGUGCAUCAAAUGCAAUACUAAGUUGGGAUGGACUUAUGAGCAUGCUGUGGAACGUAACGAGAUUUACAAAGAAGGUCGAGUGAUCUUGGAAGAGGCCCUUUUUGUUGAGUCCGAUGGGAUUGCCGACCCACUUGGGGAACGCGUGGGCGUCUAA